AUGGCACUUCUUGCAACACAAGCCAUUGCAAAUGUUGUCAAAACUUCCUUUGGGCCGUCAGGUCUCGACAAGAUGAUGGUGGACGAUAUAGGCGACGUUACCGUUACUAACGAUGGGGCUACCAUACUCUCCCUCCUCGACGUGGAACAUCCAGCCGGCAAGAUCCUUGUUGACUUGGCUGCUCAACAAGAUAAGGAAGUCGGUGAUGGGACCACCUCCGUCGUCCUGAUCGCCGCCGAGCUCCUCCGUCGAGCCAACGAACUGGUCAAGAAUCGAAUCCAUCCCACCACCAUCAUAACAGGCUAUCGAUUAGCGCUACGGGAAGCAGUCAAGUACAUGAACGAGAACAUAAGCACCAAAGUCGAGGUGCUGGGCAGAGAAAGCUUGAUCAAUAUAGCCAAAACCUCAAUGUCCAGCAAGAUCAUCGGUUCAGAUGCCGACUUCUUUGCCAACAUGGCUGUAGACGCAAUCCAAGCCGUCAAGUCGGUCAACAGCGCCAGGAACGAAACAAAGUACCCGGUGAAAGCGGUCAACAUUCUCAAGGCCCAUGGUAAAUCAUCGACCGAGUCGAUGCUUGUCAAAGGUUACGCAUUAAACUGUACAGUGGCCUCGCAAGCCAUGAAAACCCGAAUAGUAGACGCCAAAAUAGCUUGUCUAGACAUGAAUCUACAGAAGGAACGCAUGAAACUCGGCGUGCAAAUCACCGUCGAAGACCCUACUCAACUUGAGAAGAUCCGAGAACGCGAGGCCGGCAUGGUGCUAGAAAGAGUAGAGAUGAUUCUGAAGGCCGGUGCCAACGUUGUCAUGACCACCAAGGGCAUCGACGACCUAGUACUAAAACUCUUUGUGGAGAAAGGCGCCAUGGCGGUGCGCCGGUGCAAAAAGGAAGACCUCCGCCGCAUCGCCAAAGCCACCGGCGCAAGCCUCAUCUCCAGCCUCUCCGACCUCAACGGCGACGAGAAGUUCGAACCCUCCUCCCUCGGCAACGCCGACGAAGUCGUGCAGACCCGCAUCUCAGACGACGAGUGCAUCCUCGUCAAGGGAACCAGAUCCUUCUCCUCGGCCUCGAUCGUGUUACGAGGAAGCAACGACUACCAGCUCGACGAGAUGGAGCGCUCGAUGCACGAUUCCUUGUCGGCCGUGAAACGCACCCUGGAAAGCGGCAGCAUCGUCCCCGGCGGCGGCGCCGUCGAAACAGCGCUGCACAUCUACCUCGAAGAAUUCGCCGUCACCGUCGGCUCGCGCGAACAGCUCGCCAUCGGCGAGUUCGCCCAGUCGUUGCUCAUCGUACCGAAAACCCUGGCCGUCAACGCGGCCAAGGAUAGCAGCGAGCUCGUGGCCCAGCUGCGCGUGCGACAUGCGCUGGCGCAGCGGGUUCAGGAUGGCGGGGUGGAGGCGCAGCAGGAGGAGGCCAAGGAGAUGGCGAGGCGGAAGGCGUACCGGAAUUACGGGCUCGAUCUGUCCAAGGGACGCACCGUGGACGCGGUCAAGAUGGGCGUGUUGGAGCCGAGUAUGAGUAAAGUCAAGCAGCUGAAGAGUGCGGUCGAGGCGUGCAUUGCCAUCAUGCGCAUCGACACGCUGAUCAAGUUGGAUCCCGAGCAGAGGGCGGCCGACGGCCAGGAGAAUAUGCAUUGA